AUGGCGUCGCGUUGGUUCACGCUCCUCCUCCUCCUAACGCCUUCAUUGGCUCUCGACAACAAUUUCGACUUCUACCCCAAGGGCGCGCAGAAAUGUCUCUCCCAAGCCGCCGACGACGCCUCAUGCACUGGCGCUGACAGCAAGGAGCUGAACUACUGCCUCUGCGGUCUUGGCAACUACAACAAUGACUUCAUCCUCGGCUCCGCUGCGUGCAUCGGCAAGCAGUCGCCCGGCGAUGUGGACGAGACGUACGAUACCAUGAACGAGGCGUGCUCCAAUUCGCAGACGCCGAUGAAGGUUACCAAGCAGGAGUAUCAGGAGGCGGCGGAGAAGGGUGCGAGUGCGAGUACUACUACUGGUGCGGCUACCUCUUCGACUGCUUCUGCGACGGCGACCGAUUCGGCGAGUACCACGAAAGACACAGCUGCUGCUACUACGACGAGCGCUGAGAACAACGACGAUACGGGGUUGUCAACGGGCGCCACAGCGGGAGUAGCCGUUGGUGCAGCAGUUGGUGGUGCAGCGGUAGUAGGCCUCCUGGUGUGGUUCUGGAUGCAGCGCCGUAGGAAGAACGCCGAGGAAUCGCACCCCAUGCUGCCCAACUACGAGAACCGCGACGGUUCACCCUAUCAACCUACCGAGCCGAAACCAGCGUGGUCAGCAGCGGGUUCGCCGCAGCAAGCAACGGGGACACCGGAUCCGAACGCGGGAUUCUAUAAACCUCCUGAGCCGGUGGAACUGCCUCCUGAGCCAGCGCCUGUUUAUGAGAUGGACGGGACGGGGACGGCGGUUGAGGCGGAUUCUACGCCUGUUGAUCCCCGGGGAAAUAGGUCGCGAUUGAGUUCGUCGCAUUCGUCAAUAUCAUCGGGCUGGAGGGAUUAA